UCUUUUAAGAAGACCGAACAAGAACAUGCCACUUCGGAGCCCCAAUUGGCAAUUUCAAAACAUGGAAUUUCCUCCUCUAGGGAUCCUAAUGUUGUUGCCAUGGAACUUGAAAUGCUUGAAGAUAUGAGAAGAAUCCAAAAGGAGCAGUGGAAGAUCUACGAAGAAUCCAAAACACAUGAAAAGUUCAUGGAAUCACAUGUUGUGACAAACAGUUUCAUCACCCAAGUCCCUGGCCAGAUUGCAAAAGAGAGAGGUCCAUCUCCCGAUAGCAGGAACCCAAAAAAUCCAAAGGAAAAGCCACCUGAUCAACUCAUGGAGGAUGUGGUGAUACACUCAUCAAGUAAUGGGCACAGGGUAUUUGCCCAGGUUCAAUAAUGGAAACUCAUAUCAGUGGGCAACGAGGUGAAGCGGUUUGGAAAAAAAUGGGUUUCGAUGGUCAUUUUAUUAAGGAAGCAAGAGGUCAAUCUGGUGGUAUUUGGUGUCUAUGGGAUAGCAGCAAAUGGAAGGUUGAUAUUCUUGCUCACAAUUCUCAGAUGGUGCAUAUGAAAGUCAAGUCUGGGUCCUCGCCAUACUAUUUUUUAACAGCGAUUUAUGGCAGUCCCCAGAGAAUUAAUCGGAACUACCUAUGGGAUGAUAUUAGAUCGAUACACAAUGAGAUUAACUUGCCGUGGUGCCUUAUUGGAGACUUUAAUGCCCUGUUACAUGAUCAUGAGCGUCACGAUGGGUCCAAUAGCAACAGCAGAGGAGCAUGCCCUGAUUUUCAAGCCUGCGUAUCUGAUUGUGGCCUUCUUGAUUUGGGGUACUCGGGAUGGCCGUUUACUUGGAAGCGUGGAAACUUGGUUGAGAGUCUCGACCGUGGCUUGAGCAACCUUGAUUGGUAGAUCAUCUUCCCUACUGCUCACAUCAAACACUUGCCUGGCCUCAAAUCGGACCACUCCCCCUUAUGUCUCCACUUAGCAAAUGAUCGACAAGAGACCAAACAAAGACUCCCUUUUAGGUUUCAAGCAGCUUGGCUAUCACAUCCGGAUUUCACCCAUAUGGUUAAUAGUAAUUGGAAGAUAGAAGAUUCUUGGAAUAACGGUCUGAAUGCUUUUAGGACAAGCCUAAAAAAAUGGAAUACUGAUGUGUUUGAAAAUAUUCUUAAAAGAAAGAGUAAGAUUUUGCGCAGGCUACAAGGAAUUUCAAAUAAAUUACAAAUCAACAAUUCCUCAUAUCUCCAUAAGCUUCAGGCUAACCUUUGGAGAGAGUAUGAAGAGAUUCUGGCUCAAGAAGAAAUUCUGUGGUUUCAGAAGUCAAGAGUCAAGUGGAUUUAGUGCGGGGAUCACAACACGAAAUACUUUCAUGGAUCCACCAUGGCAAGGAGAAGGAAGAACAGAAUAGAGUCCCUCCAAGAUCAUGAUGGUAACUGGGUAUCUGAUAAACUUGCUUUAGAACAAAUGGCAACUGCUUUUUAUAUUGAUUUAUUCAAUGAUGAUUGCCCUGAUAUUCCAUAUAUUAUGAAUAACUCUUUUCCUACUCUUAACCAUGAUGAUAUAAAUAUCAUAGGGGGCAGGGUAACUCAUAUGAAAAUAAAAGAGGCUAUUUUUAAAAUGGGGGGCUUGAAAGCACCCGGUAUUGAUGGUAUACAUGCUAUUUUUUACCAGAGUUAAUGGGAUAAAGUUGGGGCUGAUCUGUAUUUUUUAAUUGUGAAUAUUUUUAGCCAUCCUGAGCAGGUGGAAGAUAUUAAUGAGACUCUAAUUACAUUUAUCCUAAAAGUGGAGCCAGUUGUCAAUCUGAAACAAAUGCGCCCAAUAAGUCUUUGCAAUGUUUCUUAUAAGAUGGUGACCAAGAUCAUCUCCAUGCGGCUCAGGAAAAUUAUGGAGAAAUUAGUUAGCCCAAACUAAUGCAGUUUUGUUCCCGGAAGGCAGAGUUCUGAUAAUAUCAUUAUUGCACAGGAGGUCAUACAUUCUAUGAGAAGUAAGAAAGGCAACAAGGGUUGGAUGGCUAUCAAGGUUGACCUAGAAAAGGCAUACGACAGACUCAAAUGGACUUUUAUUAAAGAAACUCUUAUUGAUAUUGGCUUCCCCUCUCAUCUCAUUGAGUUGAUCUGUUCAUGCAUCUCAACCACCAAAAUGAGAUUGCUUUGGAAUGGAGAGACACUGGAUGAAUUCCGUCCCACCAGAGGCAUUCGCCAAGGGGAUCCAAUGUCUCCAUAUAUUUUUGUUCUAUGCCUAGAAAGGCUAUCUCACCUUAUUCAAGCGGUGGUUGACAACAAUUUUUGGAAGCCUAUUAGGCUCAACAAGGACGGCCCUGUGCUUUCCCACCUUUGCUUUGUAGACGAUCUUAUUCUGUUUGCUGAAGCGAAUAUGGAGCAGGCUGAUGUCAUCCAUAGAGUCUUGGAAGUGUUUUGUGCUAGUUCAGGACAGCGUGUUAGCAAGGAUAAAACGAGGAUCUUCUUCUCCAAGAAUGUCGGUCACAACAUUAGAUCUGAGAUUAGUGAUAAGCUACAGUUCGCAAGAACUGAGGAUCUUGGAAAGUACUUAGGUGUUCCAACAAUUCAUUCAAGGGUCACCAAAAAUACAUAUAAAGAGAUUGAAAGCAAGCUAAAUGCAAGGCUUAACAGUUGGAAAGCGUCUUCCCUCUCUCUCGCAGGAAGAACUACUCUGGUGAAAUCAACUCUAUCUUCUAUUCCUACAUAUACAAUGCAAUCUGCUAUUUUAUCUAUAUCUACUUGUAAUGCUAUUGACCGUAAAUGCAGGAACUUUCAUUUGGGGUGAGACAGACAACUCAAAAAAAGUGCAUCUGCUGAAUUGGAACACCAUAACUAAAGCAAAACAGUCGGGAGGUCUAGGACUGCGGCAUGCAAAGGACCUAAACCACGCGUAUAUGAUGAAAGCUGGUUGGGGGCUUAUUGAAAGCAAAGAUUCCUUAUGGGCAAGAGUUCUCAGAGCAAAAUACAAAUGUGGCAAUGACAUUAUUCCACAAGUUGAGAGAAGACGCAGUGAUUCAAACCUUUGGAAGGGGAUCUGCUUAGCUUGGGAAGAUGUGGAAAAGAAUAUGGUGUGGAGAGUUGGUGAUGGCUCUCAAAUUAAGUUCUGGACACAUAACUGGAUCCCAAACAUUGGAAGAUUGAGCCAACAAACAUUACAGGUAAUUAAUGAAGUCGAUUUAAAUAUAUCUCUAAUUGAUGUCCUUUCGGCUUCAGGCGGCUGGGACGUUAUCAGAUUAAAGGAGUGGCUGCCAGAUGAUGUGAUUAGCAAGAUAAUGAGCCUUGUUCCACCAUCCCCUUGGAGAGCGGAGGAUUAUGUAGCCUGGGCUCCCUCUUCGGACGAAUCAUUCAGCUUAAAAACAGCCUACCACGUCAUUCAAAAUGACCAGGUGUCACAUGAUCGAGUGUUCAAGCUUGCAUGGAGUUGGAAGGGACUUGAAAGGAUUAAAUCCUUCAUCUGGCUGGUAGCGCAUGAUGCUAUCUUGACCAACAUAGAGAGAAAACGAAGACACCUAACACACAAUGAUCAGUGUCCAAGAUGUCACAUAAAUGAGAAAACAAGUCUACAUGUGCUAAGAGACUGUUCCUUUGCCUCUCUUGUAUGGCAAUCUCUUCAACCCAAAGACCAAGUGAAAGAGUUUUACAAUCUUGGCGGACACGAUUGGCUCAUUUACAACCUCUCCAAGACAAAUGAUUGGCCUUACACCUUUGGGGUUGCGAUUUCCUCCCUAUGGUACUUCCGCAACAAAUUUAUCUUUAAUUUAAAGGAAUUGUCACUCACCCAGCAGCCGUGGCAGAGUCCAUUAAAGUGAGGAGCUCUGAGAUAAAAAGAGCCUUGCAUAACCUCAUCAUACCAAAGCAAGUCACUAAUUCCACAGGUUGUCUUGUUCGUUGGUAUCCCCCUCCUGACAGUAUAAUCAAGAUUAACGUUGAUGGUUCAUACUUUUCCAUCAACAACAAUGCUAUUUGUGGCGGAGUUGUCCGAAAUUAUUUAGGCAAAUUUCUAAAGGCGUUCACAUGUAAUAUUGAAAAUUGUUCUAUUAUGCAUGCAGAAUUAUGGGGGGUCAUUAAAGGACUCCAACUGGCCAUCACUCACAACUGGAACCAUGUUAUCAUGGAAUGAGAUUCUCUCACUGCUAUCAACUUCAUUAAAUAUGGAUGCCCUGCCCUUCACUCUUGUGCAUCGCUUGUACAAGAAAUCCGAAUCUUAUCAAGUCGCAUCCAACAGGUGAAUUGGAACCACACUCUCCGCGUAGCAAAUUUAGUAGCGGACAUUCUAGCAAAGAAGGGGCAAUCAAUGUCGCUGGAUCUCCACAUCCUCGAAGAUUCUAUCCUUGACAUAUUCAAUGCUCUUUCU